AUGAGAUUAAUCAUCAUUUGCGGAUUCUGCAUCUUACAUGUAGGGCACACGAUUACGCCUCACACACACUUAGACUCUUCAGCUGAAUCUGCAGAGCUGUCAACAGAGUCACUGAGUUCUCUUGAAUCAGCCGAGUUAAAUGAGGGUUCUGGAGAUGACCCGCCUGUCUUGAUCGCUACUAGCAAGAAUGAAACGAGAGAGGCACUUAAAUCAGACGGCAGUGAACAGGAUCCAGUCGUGUUCCUGUCAGACAAGAAUGGUUAUAUCCCGGUUAGCAUCAAACCGCGUUCUCCAUCAGUAGAUUCGAGCUGGCGAGAGCCUCCUGCUUGGGAACGGGAGUACAGGCGACAUCGGACCAAUGGCAGCAGAGUACAAUAUAUCGAAGCAGAAUGUCAAGACGACUUUAUGAAGAUACGGGUUGGCUUUAAUGGAUCAUUUAACGGCCUGGUUUAUUCGGCUGGUUAUUCCUACGAUCCGGAUUGCAUGUAUAUAAACGGUUCUGGUCGUGACUACUACGAGUUUUACAUACAACUAAACCGUUGUGGCACUUUAGGCAGAAACAGUCAGCACGAUGACACAAAGAAACAUCCGACUAAGAAUCUAAUGUGGAACACAAUAACCGUGCAGUACAAUUCCCUUAUCGAGGAGGAACUCGACGAACACUUCAAGGUGACUUGCGAAUAUGGAUACGAUUUCUGGAAGACUGUCACAUUUCCCUUUUUAGAUGUCGAAGUAGCAACGGGUAAUCCUGUUGUGUUUACACUGCAGCCGCCGGAGUGCUAUAUGGAGAUCCGGUCGGGUUACGGCGCCACAGGCGCGCGCGUCACCGGUCCGGUGCGAGUGGGUGAUCCGCUUACCUUGCUCAUAUACAUGAGGAGUGCCUAUGAUGGUUUCGACAUUGUUGUGAACGACUGCUUCGCGCACAACGGAGCCGCGAAGAGAAUACAACUUAUAGAUGAAUAUGGCUGCCCAGUGGACGACAAGCUAAUCUCUCGGUUCCGCGGCUCGUGGUCGGAGUCGGGCGUGUUCGAGACGCAGGUGUACGCGUAUAUGAAGACGUUUCGCUUCACGGGGUCCCCCGCGCUCUAUAUCGAGUGUGAUGUCAGAAUGUGCCAUGGAAGAUGUCCAUCGCAGCCGUGCCAUUGGCGUAAUAUGAAAAGCGUGCGACGUCGAUCCGCCGACACGGAAACGGCGAGCGUCGCGCCGCGGCUCUCGGAGAACAUCUCGCUGUUCCAGUCGCUGCGCGUGCUGCAGGAGGGGGAAGAGGACGAGACUGUGGCCGCGAUAGAAGGACAGACCUGCAUGAAGACAUCCGCACUGUCGGCGAUGAUAGUGUCGUGCGUGGUGUUGGUGGCAGCGCUUUUGGCGGCGCUGCUGGUGGCGGCACGUGGCUGGCGUCGUGACCGGCAGCACAGCCAACCGAUACACGCAUAUGUUCCACACAAGGGACGGAUCAAAUAAGAGCUCUUAUGUAUUGCCAAUAAUAUUGAGAUUAUAAUAUACGUUUGUAUGUCAGGAGUGUAUUUCCGAUGCGUUCGGAAAAUUAAGCGAAUGUUGAACACUUUUUUUUGAUAUUUUUUUUACAAAAACAAGUAAUACGACAAAUAUUUAUGUAGAUUUUUUUGUGUGUUUGUAUUUUUUUUUAUUUUAUAUGUGUGAUUGGAGUAAAUUCUUUUAGUUUUAACAAAUUUGAAAUGCGGUUUCAAAUGAUAUAGUAGUAGACCGACAAAUUCCAGACUCGGUGACGACAGCGAGUAAAAAGUGUUUUUGUUUUAAAAUUAUUAACUAAGCAUUAUAUACUGUCAAUUAAAAAUGCUGUGAAACUUUUUAAAUGACAAAUUGUGAGGAUUUGUAUUUUUUAUCGAAGAAAAUGCAUCUCCUCCUUUUGCCUCCCAAUAUCCUCAACAUUGUGAUAAAUGAACGUAUCCGUAAAAUUACUAGUAGAUAAUUUAAUUUAUUUCAUUAUGUUAUAUUUAACACUAGACGUAUA